UUUGUAGGAGCUUGCACCUCUGAAGCUUCGGGCUCACAGGGUCACCCUUGGAUGGAUGCGCUAUGAUGAGCGGUACACACCGUAUGUAAGGGAGGCAGGACUUCUCCCUUUCAUUCAGUUGGUCCGCCGGUCGACGCCACCCAACAAUGCUGCAGAAGUCACCGCGCUUGUUGAUCAUUGGAGGCCGGAGACACACACUUUCCAUCUUCGGACCGGGGAGAUGACCGUGACGCUGCAGGAUAUUGCUACGAUCACCGGUCUUCCUAUCGAUGGCAAUCUUUUAUGUAUGAACACCGAUUCUGAUGGGUGGCGCGCGCAGAUGCAUGCCCUUAUCGGUAUGGUUCCUCCGGAGCCUCGGGAACCAGAAGCAGAAGAUAAGAAGAAGGAAAGAGUCGCAGCGGGCGCUACUUUCACGUGGAUAUCAUCGAACUUCAGUACUUGCCCUGAGGAUGCUAAUGAGGACAUGGUGAAGACAUAUGCUCGUGUCUACAUGUGGUACGUGAUAUCCAAGACUAUGUUUGCUGAUGGCACAGGCAAGAAUGCUCCAUGGAUGUGGCUAAAUGCGUUGACCGUCUUCUAUAGCAAAUGGAGUUGGGGUUCGGCGACACUGGCUUACUUGUAUCGACAGUUGGACGAAGCCUGUUGUAGGCACACUGGAGGUAUUGGUGGUUGUCUGCUCGCACUUUCCAUAUGGAGCUGGGAGCGUUUGCCGGUUGGACGACCGAAGACCAUGAAGUACGAGGAUUGGGACGACAAAGACGACCCACUACGGCUCCCCACUUGGGCUCACAAGUGGGAUGUGUUAAAUGAGACGACGGAUGAUCCCUCGGUCAUGUACAAGUUGUACAAGAGCGAGCUGGACGCGAUCACGCCUGAGCAGGUGGAAUGGGAGCCGUAUGGAAAAGGAGAGAGUUUUGGUAACCCUAUGGAGUUCAGGCUGAAUCCGAUGUGCACUAGGGAUAGGGAUUCUGGCAUAUGUGGUGCCCACUGAUAUGCAACUGGGCGGUUGAGCUUCACCUGCCACAUCGGGUGUUCCGCCAGUUUGGUUUGUUCCAGCCACACCCGCCGGAGUGGGAGGACACGGACAAGUUGCUACACGCGUUGGAUAGGAAAAAGCAGCGGAAGAUCAAGGAUUGGGCCAAGCAUCACAGCAAGUAUGUCGUGCAGUUCGCUCUUAGUGUGGAGCAAGCAAGGGCUGGAAAACGAGCCCAGCUUCGUGAGCACUGCCCGAUCGCGUUCAACAACUAUCUCACAUGGUUUCUUGCAAGUACCCGCA